GUAGCUCACACCGCAGUCAGAGAUGUUUUCCGGCUAUUGACUUGGUAGCCAGGAAACGCCAGCAGUCGGCUAUUUCCUCCUGCCUCCUGCCCACCUCUGGACGACUCGACUCCAUGAUUAGUUAUAACUUACAACACUGAGAUAGAUAGAUUUGACGAAUUGAAGAUGGAGAUUGCCAUAUCUGCAGUAGCAGGUGAACUUGUGAGCCGAUUCGUCUCACUCCUCGCCAACAAGUACCACUCCGCAUACUCAGAAGACAAGCAGCUGGAGAGGCUACAACAACUCUUGCUGAGAGUUGGUAUGGUCAUCGAGGAGGCGGACUCGCGAUGCAUCGCCAACUCAUGUAUGCUCAUACAACUGAAGAUGCUAGCGGCAGCCAUGUAUCGAGGCCACCAUGUGCUUGACACCAUCAGGUACAUGAAACACAAGGAGUUCUCAGAGAAACCGGUAUGCGACUCGUCCGCCUUAUCUGCUUCUACUCCUUACAAACGUUCUCGCACGAUCGGUAGUAAUACUAGUGCAGGAAGCAAGGUUUUCAGCUCAGAGUUACAGAGUGCUCUGCAGAACCUCGAGGCUGGUGUUGCUAACAUGGCAGAGUUCGUUGUGCUUUUAGGCGGAUGUGAGCGCAUCUCCCGUAGACCCUAUGAUGCCUACCUUCACAUUGACAACUUCAUGUUUGGUCGGCAUGUCGAGAAGCAGCAGAUCAUGAGAUUCUUGCUGCAACACAACACCACUCCUGGUUCUCCGGAUGUGCUUCCAGUCAUUGGCGGCAAUGGAGUUGGGAAGAAAACUCUUGUCUCCCGUGUAUGCAAUGACGAGAGGGUGCGUUCUCAGUUUUCUAUGGUUUUGCACCAGAAUGGAGACGAUCUUUUCAGAAUAACAGACCAUGAAAGGAUCUCAGGGAGGAAAUUGGUGGUUAUCGAGUUUGUUACAGAUGUAGAUGAAGAUGACUGGGCAACAUUUCAUCGUUCUGUCACGAAGAUGGACAGAGGAAGCAAGGUGAUAAUCAUAGGAAGAAACGCAGGCUUGGAGAAGUUUGGAACCGUCAAGCCUAUCUCUCUGAGCUGUUUAUCAUUAGAAGAGUACAUCUACCUGUUCAAGACGCUCGCCUUCGGAAGCGCGAACCCCACCGACUACCCGCAACUAGUGGCGAUGGUGGAAGAGUUUGCCAUAGUGCUGGGCGGUUCACUCAUCUCAGCGAAUGUUCUUGCAGAUGCGCUGAGGAAAAACCUGAGUGCCCGUUUCUGGCUGUACAGGUUGAAUAGGGCCAGAGAUACUGUGAAGAAGAACAUCUCUCGUUUUGGCGUGCAUCCGCAGGAGCUCUUUAGCCGAGGUCGUCCUGUGCACCUAAUCGGCCACUACAUCUUGUCUCCAGCUGCUCCAUCACGCAUCAUAGAGUCUGCUAACGGAGUGACCAGUGUUCUUGAAGAGGGUGUACCUAGGAUUAUGUUUGGGGACCUGAUAGCACAAGAAGGUCAUGUUGUUUUGCCCAGAGGUGAUUUUAGGCUGAUUUCAUGGGAAUCGAGGCUACCGCCAUAUACUUCAUUUGUCCACUUGGUGCAAUCUGCCCCGAGUUGUAUCGAUGAUAAGCCCGAAACACCCUUGUCGGGGAGGAAGCGCCCAGGUCUAUUUUGAGACAUCAUAAGGUGUGCUAUGCUAAUUACAAACAGUGCUACGGAUGUGCUUAAUUCGCUGUAUUGCCUCCUCAUUUGGAAUAAAAAUGAUCUAUCGUAGUAGCUUCAUUUGGCAGUGAGUAAA